GUUCAGAAGUCCACCGCUAGAGGUCGACAAACUACCACUGACAACUGGAAGCAGCCGGAAGCUGAGCGCGUGCUGUCCAACAAAAACACAACAAUGAGAGCGAUUAUCCAGAGGGUGACCAAGGCGAGGGUGACAGUGGGAGAGGAAGAGGUCAGCUCCAUCGGACGGGGAAUCUGCGUCCUGCUUGGGAUUUCUGUGGACGACACUCAGAGAGAUGCCGAGUACAUGGUCCGAAAGAUCCUGAACCUGCGGCUGUUUGAGGACGAGAACGGCCGGGCGUGGGCUAAAAGCGUGGUGGAGAGGGACCUGGAGGUGCUGUGUGUGAGCCAGUUCACCCUGCAGUGCAUCCUGAAGGGCAACAAGCCGGACUUCCACUCGGCCAUGCCUGCAGAGCUCGCCCAGCCCUUCUACAACAGCAUCCUGGAGAGCAUGAGGGGCGCCUACAAGCCUGAGCUCAUUAAAGAUGGGAAGUUUGGGGCCUACAUGCAGGUCCACAUUCAGAACGAUGGUCCAGUCACCAUUGAGCUGACAUCCCCGGCUUGUCCCACAGACCCCAAACAGCUUUCAAAGUUGGAGAAGCAGCAGCUAAGAAAGGAGAAGACGCGUUCUAAAGGACCCUCAGAGUCGGGAAGGGAGAAAGGAUCCCUGCGACCCAGAGCGGAUCCCAGCGCCAGCAGCGGGGCGGAGGGUGACGUGUCCUCAGACAGGGAGCCGUGAUGGAGCAGGGUGAGGAUGAAUGAUUGAGAACAAAGUGUGGACCGGAUUGUGAACCGAGUUAACUCAGGAAGAACUCUUAGACCCAUUCAUGGACCGACACGCCUCUGUUCAGAGAUCUCCAGCAUCCAACAUGGUUCCUUCCUGCUAUUAGCAGACGCUCCGAUCAAACAGGACAGACUGAAUGAGGCCCAGUAGCCUUUUUGUCUCCAGUGUCCUUGUUUCUGUUUGUCCUCCUCAAGCUGUCUCUGUUGGAUUCUCUUCUCUCUGUUUAAUAUCCGGAUCCUCUUGUCUGACACAACACUGACUAUACCUGACCACCACCUCCUCACUGGUACCUUUGUUCUUCCAAAGGCCUGUUUAACGUUGUCACCAGAUUGUUUGUUCUGGGAUCAAACUGGAAUGUCUCUGUAACCAAUAGAGACACUAAUAGAUGCUUUUAAUAACAGCGUCCUCAUCCUGAUGGCCAUGUCCUGGUUUUCUUUCUGCAUGCAUGGACACAUCUUGUUUUUUUUGUUUUUUUUUGCAGACUAAGUAACUAAAUGAGCCCAGCAACAUGCAGCCGUCACCUCGGGAGCUAAUUAGCUGAAAAAUGGAGGAAAAGCCUAACCGAACAGAAGAGCAGAAGGUGUUUCUUAAUUAUUGUUCAUGUGAAAAUGUGUGAGCAGAUCAUUUUAAGUUUUGAUCAAAUGAAUUUUACCGUAAAGGAGGCAUCCAGAGAGACUUUAGGCUCUUCUUUUGGAAAUCAGUUAGUAGCACCUACAAAAAAGAAAAAUUCUUUAAUUUGUUCUUGUUGCCUCCUUAAAUAUGGAGUGAAUUUUAUUCCGUUAUUGUUGCAAGCAAAGAAAAUAUACAUUUCUAUUGGUCUGGAUGGAGAGUUAGCAACAGCUUUUUCUUCGUCAAUGUGUGCAUCGCUAGUGAGAGUUUGAAUUGGGCUUGAAGUGGCAGAUGUGAUCUGCAAAACACAUAUAUAUGAAAUUUGCAAAAAACAUAAAUAUAUGUAUGUAAUAAAAAAUGAAAUAUGAAAGAUAAAUUCAGAAACAAAGAAUCUGA